UUAGCGCCGCGCGCCCGUCUCUUCCCAGGCUUCGGGCUGGCUGGCGCCGCAGGUGACAAUUGCGCGCCCAAAGCAGCGCGGGCGGCGGCUUCGGAAGCAAUCCCAAGGCGGUCGCAGGUGCCCUCUCAUUCGAGCCUUAUUCACUAUCCAAGCCUCAGCUGGGGAGAGUCGCGGGCGGGCGCCGGAAGGCCAAGCCGGGCAGGAGGCUCUCUCGCAAGGGUCCUCAAUGCCCCGGUUAUGGAGAAAGGGGCGCCCUUUGGACUGCCUCGCCUGUGCAUGCUGUCGGCCGCGCUGCUGCUGGAGCUCUGCCCCUGUGGCUCCCACGGCGGGAACUGGAGGUGGUUGGGCAUUGCCUCCUUCGGUGUCCCAGAGAAAUUGGGUUGUGCUAACCUGCCGUUCAAUGCCCUCCAGAAGGACUUGUGUAAGAAAAAGCCCUAUCUCCUACCCAGCAUCCACAAAGGAGCACGCCUAGGAAUCCAGGAAUGCCAAAGACAGUUCAGACAUGAACGGUGGAACUGCUUACUCUCACCAGAUACCUCCUCUUUGGUGUUGAGCCCUUCAUCCCUCUCUGUGGCUCCUUCCUCCUCUGUCUUUGGUUAUGAACUGAGCAGCGGUACCAAAGAAACAGCAUUUAUUCAUGCAGUGACUGCAGCUGGGCUAGUGCAUUCCAUGACGCAUUCAUGCAGUGCAGGAAAUGUGACCGAAUGCUCCUGUGAUACCAACCUGCAGAAUGGUGGCUCGCCCAGUGAAGGCUGGCAGUGGGGUGGCUGCUCUGAUGACAUCCAGUAUGGAAUGUGGUUGAGCAGAAAGUUCUUAGAUGGCUCUGUAAGAAAUAGCACUGGAAAAGAUGGAAAUGGAUUGAUUGCCAUGAAUUUGCAUAACAAUGAAGCUGGAAGACUGGCUGUAGCAAAACUGAUGAUAGUUGACUGCCGUUGCCAUGGAGUCUCCGGGUCCUGUGCUCUGAAAACAUGCUGGAAAACCAUGUCCACCUUUGACAAGAUAGGCAGCUUUUUAAAAGAGAAGUAUGAAAACAGCAUCCAGAUUUCAGACAGACUGAAAAAAAAGCUACGCAGGAAAUUAAAAAGCCAGCGCAAGAUACCAGUCCAUAAAGAAGACCUGCUGUAUAUUCACAGGUCCCCCAACUACUGUGUUGAAGAUCGCAAACUGGGUGUCCCUGGGACCCAUGGAAGGGAGUGUAACCGAACUUCUGAAGGACCAGAUGGCUGCAACCUCCUCUGCUGUGGCCGCGGAUAUAAUACUCAUGUAGUCAGACACGUGGAGAGAUGUGACUGCAAAUUUGUUUGGUGUUGCUAUGUGCGCUGCAGGAAAUGCGAGACUAUGACCGAUGUCCAUACUUGCAAAUGAAAAACCAUCUGCCUCUGAGAGCAAAGAUGGUGGUGAGUAGCCCUACUAAGUAGCGCUCUUCGGGUUGUGCUAAGGCUCAAGAUAGAGCACAUUCUCCUAAGACUGUUCAUGGUCCAGAAAUUUGGGAUUUUACUGAAAGAGCAACCUGGAAUAAGUAGCAUUCUUGGGCAAAAGUAAGAGAAAGAAAACCAGUAGAGACCUGCCUCCGCUAAAUUAUUUAUGUAA